ACAUACUGGCACCACCACUACUACCACCACCUCCACCACUAUCACUCGUCAACUCUGCCAUCCUGGACUUCUGACACUUGCGCAUUUUCCGUCUUCUCCCUUUCCCUCUCCAUCUCCGCGUCUUCCUUUUGAUUUAUGCCGAGAGUCUCCUCCUCCGCACUGCACCCCAUCAUGCGCCACGUCAACUGGCCAUCUAGUACUGCCUUGCUCUUCUAUCCUCGUCGUCUAGACGUGGCAAGGAACUGUGCCCGCCUGUCUCUCUCCCCCAGUCCGUACUUGAAUCCACUAUAUACUUCCUGAUCCUGACCGUCAGCGAGCGUGAGCUUCUCUUCUCUUUAUCCUGGCUCAAAUCCCGCUUCCGCCCGCGCGCCAGGACCACCGUUUUUCCCUCCUCCAGUUUCUCUGCCAUGCCGCGCCCAAAGAAAGACGGCGCUCCGGAACCAAAGAAGAGGAGUCGCAAUGGCUGUUGGCCAUGCAAGGCACGAAAAGUGAAAUGCGGCGAAGAGAAGCCUAUGUGUCUCAACUGCAAACGUCAGGGCGAGACCUGCGACUACAGCAUUCGUCUCAAUUGGAGCGGUCGUGCAAAGAAGAUGUCUCUCGAUGCAGAUACGUCUGAUUUUGGUAGUAGUCAUGCGCAAAGUCCACACACCUCGACUUUCUCCGUCUCAACCAUGUCUCCGACUGGUCCCACGUUGCAGUUUGCUCAAAGCCAGUACUCUUUUCCCCAGCAUCAUCAGCAAUCUUCGUCUCGCCCAAAGUCCUCGUCUAUCGCGCCUCUGGACACGUCUGUUAAUCAGUCCUUUUCUUCUCACGCCUCUCCGACAUUGGCAAACUCGGCAGUCAGUCCACGCAGCGCUCAGAAUGGCAAAUUCCAAUUCUCUCCAGUGCUGUCUCCUGCUCAGGAUUCCCUACAAACCCAGAUGAACAAGGCUCUCAAGGCCGUCACUUCGGCUCCCGUCGACUCUCGCCUGAAUGCCCACCAUCGGAACUCCUCCUUGGAUUUCAUCUCUCCCACUGACAUCAAGGUCGAAUCUGACGGGCAGAGCAAUGGUACAAACGGGUCACGUAGCAAUAGCUCUGGCUCUCCACCCUCCAAUAUGCCACCUCCAAGUCGAAAUGUGCCGAUCCCGCAGGAUUCUUCAGUCUCUUUCCAGGACCCAUUUGAGCCUCCUGAUCACCGGACGAAAAGACUGCGACUCAGUCCGACUCAGGACACGCCGUCUCCUUCUAUCAGCAGCAUGAGGUCUGAGAUGCUCAACGACAGACUAGGCCCAAACAUGUAUGAUCAUUCUUGCUCGCCACGACCUGGCUCUGUGACCCCAUAUGGCUUCAGCACGCCCAUCACCCCUGGGUCAUCUGGAAAUUCUGAUGAGGGAAUCCGGCCGUCGAGAAGAGAGUCUCAGCACCUUACGUCAGAUUCAGAAGCACGGCUCUCCGUUCAUGCUCUGCUAGCAGGUUCAAACGGCGUCGAAGGACGAUUUGACUCGAUCCAUGGCAAGAGUCGCCACCAUUACCCUAUGUAUACUGCCAAACACACGACCUACGGCUACGAUAUCGGCGAUCCAGACCAAGAUACACCCAGAAAUGACGACCAGAACGCCAUACGUCAAUUCAGCCCUCCUACAUCGUACCGCUCUGGCUACGACUCGCCUGGCUUCAAGGACAACAGCAUCAGGGAUAACGCCUUUGAGAAGGGCGGAUACUAUGCCAAACCAGUGCCAAUCAAGAUCUCAAAAGAGCUCGAACCACUGCCCGCUAAGCUUCUCGACCAUCCGAUGAACCUCUUGUAUUUCCACCACUUUAUCAAUCACACCGCCAGAAUUCUGGUGCCUCACGACUGCGAGGAUAAUCCCUUCAGAAACGUCCUACCCAAGCUGGCUGUACGCGACGACAUCCUGCUCGACCUCCUCUUGGCAUUCUCUGCCUCACAUCGAGCGCGUCUUCUUGGCCACCGCGAGCCUGCCAAUCGCAUCGCUCACUGGGUCCAGCACGUCUUCCCCCAGCUCCGCCGCUCCAUCGACAACACAAACUCCACCGGCCCGUCCGCCCCUGUAUCCGACAGCAGCCUCACCACAGCCAUCAUGCUCGUCUCCCUCGAAAUCAUCUCCCCAUCCGCCUUCGAGGUCCAGAUCCCCUGGCAAAACCACCUCAAGCUCGCCCGCCAAAUGAUCGUCGCCCGCGGCGGCCUCCAAUCCAUCCAGCGCCGCGACCAAGUCCCCUACUUCCUCUCCCGCUGGUUCGCCUACCUCGACGUGCUCGGCUCCCUCUCCGGCUCCAAAAACGACCACCACCACCCGCUCACCUCAACCUACUGGGUCGCCGACGGCCUCGACUCCUCCUCCUCCCCCGACGACGACUGGCGCAUCGACUGCUUCUUCGGCUUCACCACCCGCUGCGUCGGCUACCUCGCCCGCGUCGCCGCCCUCGCAAAGUCCUGCGAGCCAGCCCGCUUCGACCCCACCGGCGCCAUCCGCCCAAACUGGCACCCUCCGCCCGCCAUCGCCGCCCAAGCCCACCGCCUCCUCGCCGACCUCCACGCCGGCAAAAACCACGUCUACAAGGGCUGUCGCCACCGGCCCAGCAUGCCGCAUUCCCACUCCCACACCCCCGACAUCGUCCUCGGCCUCGACGACGACGACCACCACGAGGCCGGCUGGGACGCCCUCGAGAUCUUCGCUACCAACACCAUGUUUCACUGCGCCGGCAUCAUACACUUGCUGCGUCGGGUGCUGGGCCGCCCGCGCGCCGACGCGCAGGUCCAGGACGCGAUUGCGGAGAUUAUCGAGAAGUUGGGCCGGGUGCGCAAGGGCGGUACGGCGGAGGCGUGUGUCUUGUUUCCGCUGUUUACGGCGGGGUGUGAGGCGUUGGAGGGGGUGCAUAGGGAGAGGAUUAUGGAUCGGAUGAUUAAUGGGGAGGGGUUUGGCAUGAUUCAGGUGCAUAAGGCGCGUACGCUGAUGGAGAAGGUCUGGGAAACGGGCGAGCCGUGGGAGACGCUUGUGUCGGGCGAGUUCUUUGGGUGAUUCACGGGAUGAGUGAAUGGAUGAAUGAAUGAAUGAAUGAUUGGCUGAGUGGAAGUCAUGAGGCAUGUGUGAAAGCGACGUACGUAGUAGGAUGUACAAAUGCAACACGUCUCUUCAUUAAUGAGAAAUGGAGGAACGACGGACAGAGAGAGUGAAGGUACUUUAUACCAAUACCAAUCCGCUCCAAUGUCAACCGUCCCAACACUGCUUGCUCGCCUGCUAUCUCAUUACAACAGGGGUAAGAACGUAUACAGUAUCAACAGGC